GGUUCAUCUCUUUGACUACGAGCUAGUUAGGAGGAAAAAGAUUGAAUUUGUUUUUGCUUUUGUUUCUAGCAUCUCGUUGCUGAUGAUGUUGCUUUUUGACCCAAGAUAUGUGGAAUUGUAGUAGCAAGACAAUGCCUUGUAAUGUAACUUGUUAUUAGUCGUCUAAUACUGAAGAGGCCCUCUGGUGCAAUUUAAUCCAUCGUCCUCUCAGUGGGUUGACACUUGGCAGACGAAAGGAAAAUAAAGCCUGUAGCGCCGGCCCGGUGGUUUGAGCAGAAGAAGCCAUGUUGACUCCUUUAGGGGUAGGAAUUGGUGCACAUUGAUAUCAAAUAAUGAGUCCAAGUCCGCAUAGGAGAAGGAUUACUUGCCUGUCAUGGUGGGUCAGUCGGAGCCGGAGAAGCAUCCAUGGCGUAGUUGCGCCUCCAAGUCGGUGGUCGAGACAGUGACGGGGUCGCACAAGUUCAUUGUAGAGGGUUAUUCUUUGAUGAAAGGAAUGGGAACUGAUAACGACGAUGGUGGUACGGGCAUUCAGGCCUUGAUUGAGUUGAGAUUCUUGGAUAAGAGUGAAAGAGGGGCAUCAUGGACGGGAAACAGUGCAGCGCGGCGUGCCUGAGACUAUCACGAAAGGAAGCCUCUGGGGUUAUAUGUGCAGGAAAGCAGAGCUAGCAAGAAGGAAGUAUCUGCACAAAGAUUGCAUCAUCAUUGAAGGAACGGUCGGAGUUGUUACAACUCGCCAUGAAAAAGUUGAAGGGGCCAAACAAGAAGAUUCCAUUACUGUACCCGACUUCAACCUGGGGAACGGUUUCAAGGAACUGCUGGAAUCAGAAGUUGGUUGGGACGUAGUGUUCCGGGUUGGUGAUGAAACAUUCAGAGCUCAUAAGUCGAUCCUUGCUGCGCGAUCACCUUUCUUCAGAGCCCAGUUCUUCGGGCUAGCCGGGGAUCCUUACCUGAAUGAAGUUAUAGUGGAUGAUGUCCAUCCCUCCAUCUUCAAGGCGAUGCUGCUAUUUAUAUACACAGACGAACUUCCUGAUGUGCAUGAUACAACAAGCUCAUCGCAUUCGUCCACGUCGGAGGCUACCAACACGAUGCAGCAUCUGUUGGUUGCAGCUGACAUGUACAACUUGGACCGGUUGAAGGUGUUCUGCGAAUCUAAGUUAUCCGAGGAGAUCACGGCCCUAUUAGUGGCCACGACACUAGCAUUGGCCGAGCAACAUCUUUGUGCGCAGCUCAAAGCUGUCUGCUUGAAAUUUGCAGCACAUCCACCAAACCUGAGAGGGUGGCACAAAUCAGAAGGUUUCAGACAUUUGGAGCAGAGUUGCCCGUCAUUAGUGUGUGAGUUGUUGAAGACACUUGCCUCAGCUGAUGAGAACUCAAACAUGCAUCCUAGUAGGAAGAGAGGCGGCAGCAACAUAUAUGACUUGGAUAUCGUUGCAGCAGAUGAUGAGGCUGAUGAGGAUGGGGUUAUGGCUGAGUCUAGAAAUCCAAAGAAGAGGCGCUUGAGGAAGCAUUAG